AUGUCCGCAACGCUGGUGACAGCGGGGGCGACUCCCACUGUACCCCUGACCGAUGUCAUUCUCAAGCAAUUGGAGGAGGCAAGAAAAUUAGCGUUUGCCGAUACACACACUUUUCCUCAAGUCGUCAAGCAAGUCCUCAACUUUCUUCCCAACAACAACCUGAACAUCCAACUGUGGUGUGUAAGGUUCUUGCGCGAUGUAUUCGUCGGUAAUGAUGAUAUUGACCGUAGUGUGUUGGUCGACCUUGCAAUCGACACUUUGGAUACUCUCAUUGCCCUCGCAGAAGUCCCCGAUGUCGGGAUUUUUUGUCAAGUAAUUGACAUCACAUGCGUGGUUUACCGAAUGGUUUACAAAUACGUAGCCGCCAACGAUGGCUGCGAUCAUGUCUGGAGUCGCCUUACCCAGCUCAAGAACAACUUAGUUAACAAGUUCUCAACUUGUUUCCCGUUGGAAAAGAGUGACAAUUCUGAGCAUGACCACUUUCGUAAUGUUCGUUCCCGAAUUGAACUACUCAAGUUCAUUGUUAUUGUCAUCGAUUACCAGUCGAAAACUACAGUCAUAAACCCUUCAGAAGGUUCCACAAAACCAUUUCUGCUCAACGAUGUACCGCCUAAUCAUCUGCUCAUAAAGUACCAAAACAUGGAGUAUGAGGCUAAUAUGUUGGUUGACAUGGUAUUGUCCCCGCUCAAACUUGACGUCAUUGUUGUCCCAGUUUUAUGUGGUGUCCUCAAUCAACUAAUAAUUUUGCUCAAACGCAAGCCUCAAUUUGCUACGAAAAUCAUCAAAGCUGUUGAAACAUAUGAUACCACCCAAAAACUACAAUCAAACUACCAACUGGAAGAGGAGUUCAAGUUAGCAAGAAAGUACGUUGAUCGUCAACAAAAGGUGCUUCUCCAGCAUUUGAUGCGCCAUAACUUGGCACCUACGGCUGCUCAACAACUGAUCAAUGAAAAAGUUAAAAAAUUAAUUGAUCGAGGCGAUGAGAUUCGUAAACGUAACGUAAUUGAAAUCCCUGAUCCCACAAUCCGCAAGCGUAAGUUUGAAGGCUUUGCCAAUCCUCUGAGAAAGCUGCAAUCGCUGGAUUACAAGGGAUUGUACAUGCUCAAUGAUCCUGCUAAUAAAAUCAACGAUUUUGAUGUCACCACGGUGCCGAUCAAUAUCAUGUCUGCUAUGGUCGUGAAAGCUUUGGAGAAAGUGAGCGCGUCACAAUUGCUGACCGCUUUAGAUAUCAUUAGUGCUCGUUACACGCAUGCGUUGGAGGAAGCCCAGUCAGCAGAACCCAUGCUCAAGCGAGCUCGCACCCAAGUGGAGAACGACGACGGCGAAGAUAACAAUGAUUAUAAUCCUGACGCAGUGUACACUCUACCUCCUCCAAAGCAAGUCAGCUUUAAUGAAAAACGUGAUCAUGUUAAACUCAUCACUAAGAACUUCUUUAAAUUAGCUGCCAACCAAGGUGUUGACGUCGGGGUUCCUACAACUCCUGCUGAAACAGAGCUCAAUCGUAUUGCUAUCAAAUAUUGGAAGAAGGAUCUGUGGUUGGUAUUGUUGACAAGAAUGGUGACGAGAGGAAUGCGGUGCGCUGACGUCGGGUCUGAGGAUGGUGUCAAAACCCAAGAAAUGGCUGAUAUAGUCAGACUGUCCAUUCUUGACUACUUUUUGGAGAACAUUCAUAAGCGGGUGAGUCUCGUCAUUGACUGGCUUAAUGAGGAGUGGUAUUCUGAACAACUUUUCAACGCAGAUGCCAAAACCCCGACUAAUAACUAUAAUACUUGGUCCGGUAAGGUUCUCGAUGCAGUUAUUUCAUUUAUCGAGCCUACUGAUCGGAAUUUAUUCAUUCGCUUGAUAUCUGACUUACCGGCACUUACUCGUGAUCAUGUUUUCAAGAUCAAAUCUAUUUGUCUUGAUCCUGCCCGGCUGAAGAUUGGUUUUCAAUCGUUACAAUUUCUCAUAAUGUUUCGUCCUCCGGCUAAAGAGUCGUCCUUAGAGCUUUUGAAGGAAAUGAGUGAAGGUGACGAUGAUGUGAAGACCGAGGCCACUAAGCUUUACGAAAAGUACAAGAGUGGUUGA